AUGGCAAGCGGUAAACACAGCAGAGUUGGUGACUGGCGAAAUGUCAUGGACAAAGUUCAUAUAAACUUGUCAAAGGGAACCGCCGACAAGCUAUUUGAAGAUGAUUACUUCGUUCUGGAAAUUAUUAAAUUACUGUAUGAGGAGACUCUUGAUGUCCAUAGCAAAAUUGAAAUACUGACAGUGAUUGAACAAUGGGGCAGUGCAGUUUUACCAACAAACAGCAUUGAUCAAGCCAUCACUGCACUACUGGAUGUGUUGGGAGUUUUGGACAACAGCCCUGGAUCUUUGUCGCAGGGAGUUCAGCUUCUCCUGACUGUCACCACACUGUUUCUUGAGCAUGAGGAACUCCUUGACACAGAACUGUGUACAACAUAUUUAUCAGUGCUCAUGAACUUGGUGACCAAGGUCAACAACAUCAACACGCGGCGGUUGAGGGCGGCUGCCUGUCAGUGCCUGGCUCAGCUAGAGUCCUGGAAACCUGGUCUGCUGUGGAGGUACAGAGAAACAUUUGUGCAGCUGGUCAAGGAAGAGAGGACUGACGUCUGCCAGGACUACAUGCAACUUCUCGUUGCUGUGGCCAUCAACACUGACCAGUUGGAAAAGGAAGAGCAAGAAAGGCUUAUUUCAGAAUCGGGAAAGAAGAAAGUUGACAGCUAUGUCUCAGCAAAAGAAGGCCGAGAUGUGCUGUCUACAGUGUCUCUGAUCAUGGACAACCUGUUUCUCUUGACACCUUCUGGGCUUGUCCAUGUUGCCUGUUCACUGGUACAGCUGGUUAAAGGCCGAAAGGACACACUUCCAAAUAUGUUCAAGCCUUUGAUGUUGCAGUGUCUUCCGUCACAUGAUCCCUGUGUGAUAUUCAUGAUGCUGUUCUUGCAGAAAGAGUUUCAGAGGGAGAUCCUGACCCGCAGUGAGGAACAGCUGUUACUGAGGAGGGUAGUUGAUGUGGCAAAUCAUCCUAGAACUAAAUCCUAUGCUCGACUGUUGCUGCUGGAGUGCUUGUUGUCAUAUUUACAAGAGACAGGAUUAAUGUCCAGUCUGACACAGCUGAAGAAUGCUUUAUGUCCUGUUGUCUUUGACCCUCUGGAAGUCCACACUCGCAAGGUAUCUCUGCUUGCUUAUAGUCCAGACUCCGGCCCCAGGGAGGACUUAUCCCAGGACCUACAUUACCUGACUCAAGUGGCGGUGACAACAGGAGGUAUGAGAGUGGCAACAGCUCUCUAUCAUGUCCUCUAUCUCCAUGUGGAGUCUAACAGUUGUGCUGCUGUACACAACCAUGUCCUGAGAAUCACACGCAAAUUGUUCCAAAGUUUUCCACAUCUCAUACCAUUGAUUGUAGACUUUCUGCGAGCUGUCAAAACAAGCCAGCCACAUUCAAAGUUUCACAGUGAGAUUCUAACACUUCUGCAUGAGACAGUCUUGGCACUGCCAGUCAGUCAGUUGUUAAACAACUACCAGAACUAUCUGCAUGUGUGGAUUCUGUCAGCUCAGGAGACGUACAUACUGCAGCAGAAGCCUCUGCGAAGAAUGCUGGAGAUAGUGCAGGAGGCGGUCACCAAAGCUUUAGAUAACUGGGACCUGGGCUGCCUGAUCCUUAGUAUCUGCCGGAUUAUGAUCCUACAUCAUCACACAGACAUCCUGUACUCUCAAAUGGGAGACUUGCUGUACUUGUUGAUGAAGGAGUAUGGAGACACUGACAUCCGGGAUACCUCCAGGCUCUACUACGCUCUCCUGACGCUCAACAGUGACUCCAAGGCAAAGGAAAUACUGGGAGCUUCAGUGACAGAAAGCCUUCACCUUGGGGAAAAUAUUGCAGACUUUUUCCCAGGCUCCGUGAACCAAACCUUGCCUGCUGAGAUAAACCUGCUGACCACAUCACCAAUCAUUUGGCACAGAGAACAGCUAGAAAUUACUUUUACCAACAGUGAUGAGAAGCAGGAGUAUAAUUUCCCACAGCCUGUAAAAGAUGGCUUGGAGGAUUACUGGCAACAAGUGCUGCGCCUGAGAACUUCACUGACUGUCACCAUGUCAGUUAGCAUUACUGGAGAGAGUAACUAUGACAAUCUGCUGGCGGUGUCGUUCCAUGCCUCAGAACACAAGAAUCUCCAGCUGAAUCAAG